ACAGAACCUAAACCAAUGUUUCACUGGGGCAAGUGGAAAAAGAGGAUGGGUGCUAAUAGUUCUUCCAAGAGACCGGUCUUCGACGAGAAAGAAGAUGUGAAUUUUGACCACUUCCAGAUCCUUCGUGCUAUUGGGAAGGGAAGCUUUGGGAAGGUGUGUAUCGUCCAGAAGAGAGACACAGAGAAAAUGUAUGCCAUGAAGUACAUGAACAAACAGCAGUGCAUAGAGAGAGACGAGGUCCGAAACGUGUUUCGAGAGCUAGAGAUCCUACAGGAAAUUGAACAUGUUUUUUUAGUCAACCUCUGGUAUUCAUUCCAGGAUGAAGAAGAUAUGUUUAUGGUGGUGGACCUGCUGCUGGGGGGUGACCUGCGCUACCACCUUCAGCAGAACGUUCAGUUCACAGAGGAUGCUGUCAAAGUCUACCUGUGUGAGAUGACCCUAGCACUGGACUAUCUACAGAGUCAAAACAUUAUACACAGGGAUAUCAAACCUGACAAUAUCCUUCUGGACGAACAAGGGCAUGCUCACCUGACUGACUUUAACAUUGCCACCAUUAUUAAGGAUGGGGAGAGAGCCACAGCGUUAGCUGGAACCAAGCCCUACAUGGCCCCUGAGAUCUUCCAGUCGUUUGUGAGUGGGGGAACUGGCUAUGCUUUCGAAGUGGACUGGUGGUCUCUUGGUGUGACCAUCUUUGAGGUUUUGAGGGGAUGGAGGCCGUAUGACAUCCAUGCCAGUAACUCAGUGGAGUCUCUCAUGCAGCUCUUCAGUACAGUCAGUGUGCAGUACUGCUCUGCCUGGCACAAGGACCUCAUCUCCCUGCUGAGAAAGCUGCUGACAGUGAAUCCUGAGCAUCGUUUCUCCAGCCUGGCCCAGAUGCAGACAGCUCCUUACCUCUCAGACGUUAACUGGGAUGCCGUUUACGAGAAAAAAAUGGAACCUGGAUUUGUUCCUAAUAAAGGUCGCCUGCAUUGUGACCCCACUUUCGAGCUUGAGGAGAUGAUUCUUGAGUCUCGUCCCCUCCAUAAGAAGAAGAAACGCUUGGCCAAAAACAGGUCCCGAGACAACAGCAAGGAUUCACAGUCUGAGAAUGAUUAUCUGCAGGAGUGCCUUGAAGUCGUGCAACAAGAGUUCAUGAUCUUCAACCGAGAAAAGUAA